CUACGUUUCCGGCCAGUGACGCACUUCCGCUUUGCUAGGCGCGCGGUUCCCAGUCUGAAAAGCAGAACGCGGAUUUGGUUAGGGCCUCGCGUCUUCGCAGCCCAGCAUGGCCUCCUCACGAGCCUCCUCCACGACAACCAAAACCAAAGCGCCUGACGAUUUAGUUGCUCCUGUUGUGAAAAAACCACACAUCUACUAUGGAAGCUUGGAAGAGAAAGAGCGGGAACGCCUGGCCAAAGGAGAGUCUGGGAUUUUGGGAAAAGAAGGACUCAAAGCCGGCAUUGAAGCAGGGAAUAUUAAUAUAACAUCCGGAGAAGUAUUUGAAAUUGAGGAGCACAUCAGUGAGCGGCAGGCAGAAGUCUUGGCAGAGUUUGAAAGAAGAAAGCGAGCCCGGCAGAUUAAUGUUUCCACAGAUGACUCAGAGGUCAAGGCUUGCCUUAGAGCCUUGGGAGAACCUAUCACACUUUUUGGAGAGGGCCCUGCUGAACGAAGAGAAAGGUUAAGAAAUAUUCUCUCAGUGGUCGGGACUGAUGCCUUAAAAAAGACCAAAAAAGAUGAUGAAAAAUCUAAGAAGUCAAAAGAAGAGUAUCAGCAAACCUGGUACCAUGAAGGACCAAAUAGCCUGAAGGUGGCCAGACUGUGGAUUGCUAAUUAUUCGCUCCCCAGGGCAAUGAAACGCUUGGAGGAGGCCCGUCUCCAUAAGGAGAUUCCUGAGACAACCAGAACCUCCCAGAUGCAGGAGCUGCACAAGUCUCUCCGGUCUUUGAAUAAUUUCUGCAGUCAGAUUGGAGAUGAUCGGCCGAUCUCCUACUGUCAUUUCAGCCCCAAUUCUAAAAUGCUAGCCACAGCUUGUUGACCAACCCUGCAUGAGAUGCUUUCCUUUGUGUUUGAUAGGAGUGGGCUCUGCAAGCUCUGGUCUGUCCCUGACUGCAGCCUCCUUCACACUCUUCGAGGCCAUAACACAAAUGUAGGAGCAAUUGUAUUCCAUCCCAAAUCCACUGUCUCAUUGGACCAAAAAGAUGUCAACCUGGCGUCUUGUGCUGCUGAUGGUUCUGUGAAGCUUUGGAGUCUUGACAGCGAUGAACCAGUGGCAGAUAUUGAAGGCCAUACAGUGCGUGUGGCUCGGGUAAUGUGGCAUCCGUCAGGGCGUUUCCUUGGCACAACCUGUUAUGACCGUUCAUGGCGCUUAUGGGAUUUAGAGGCUCAAGAGGAGAUCCUGCACCAGGAAGGCCACAGCAUGGGUGUGUAUGACAUUGCCUUCCAUCAAGAUGGCUCUUUGGCUGGCACUGGGGGACUGGAUGCCUUUGGCCGAGUUUGGGACCUACGCACAGGACGCUGCAUUAUGUUCCUAGAAGGCCACCUGAAGGAAAUCUACGGGAUAAAUUUCUCCCCCAAUGGCUACCACAUUGCCACUGGCAGUGGUGACAACACCUGCAAAGUGUGGGACCUUCGACAGCGACGCUGUGUCUACACCAUCCCUGCCCAUCAGAACUUAGUGACCGGUGUCAAGUUUGAGCCUAUCCAUGGGGACUUCUUGCUCACGGGUGCCUAUGACAACACAGCCAAGAUUUGGACCCACCCAGGCUGGUCCCCACUGAAGACUCUAGCUGGUCAUGAGGGCAAAGUGAUGGGCCUGGACAUUUCUUCUGAUGGGCAACUCAUAGCCACUUGUUCCUAUGACAGAACCUUCAAGCUCUGGAUGGCAGAGUAGGCAAGACCACAGGAGGACUCAGACCUUGUGUUCUCACUAAGGAGCCAUUUUCCUCAAAGGAAAAGAAUUGUGUUGUGUUCUAUCAUGUUUCCUGCCAAAUACCAUGUAUAGGAUUGGAUUUUCAAGUCAGCCCACUUCUGAGGAAGCUAAUCUUUAGGUGAUAGCAAGCCCUUCAUGGUUAGAACAAAAUUUUCAUCUCAGGUUCUGCUGUUACUGUAGUCGUUGUAUAGACUCAACACUUUUCAGUGCCCUCCCUCCUCCCUCACACUCAGGAUUGUGACUAGUCUUUCAUUUUUGUUUUUUUGUUUUUAAUUUGGCAUUUUGAGACAGAGUCUGUAUGUAUAGCCCUGACUGUCCUGGAACUUGGUAUAUAUGUCAGGAAGCCUCACAUUUAAGUGAUCCUCCUGUCCCUGCCUUUCAAGUGAUGGCAUUGUGGAAAUGUGCUGCUGUGCCCGGCAGUUGUAUUUUUAAUGCUUGAACUUGGCUCUCUAUAACAUGGUAUGUGCUUGGGACUAUGUGUGGUUCAGCAAGCAAGGGAGCUGGACUGUUAUUUGAAAUCUCUCCGGUUACGAGGGUGUUGCCACCAUUUGUUGAGCAGUGCCUGGCAGCAAGGUCCUUUCCUGCCCCUGAGAAUGAGACCAGAGCCAUAGACUGCAGCUGUGUGAUGGCUCCACAGUAAAGAAGACUUCCCUGUUCUGUGGUAGUCAUGGAGGAUGGUCCCUGCAUCUGGAACUCAGAAUUGCACUCUAGGCCUUGUUAGAGCCUCUUCCUUUUGGCUUUGAAGUUUGGCAUCCUUCAUGAUAAAACAGUCUGGCCAUUGUAUCCAGAUUCAAAGGAGUUUUUAAAAACAAACAUGAUGUCUGUGUUGUACAGCCUCCUUCCUGUUGGUUAUUUAAAGGGUGUACUUUAUGUAUUAAACAACACUUCAUGUCAGA